ACCAUUCCUCUUUUUGUUUCUUUUUUUUUUUUUAUUUACAUUGCAUGUGUGUUCUGUUCUGUAGCUCGUCCAAGAUGGCCAGGUUCCCCUAAGCAGAAUGGACAGGGGAUUGUCAAUGCCUAACAUGUUGGAACAUAAAGUAUAUCCCUAUGAAAUGCUCACUGUCACCAACAGAGGGCGUACUAAGCUUCCGAAGGACGUGGACAGGACAAGACUGGAGCGUCACCUGGCUCCUGAAGUAUUCUUUGAUGUCUUUGGAAUGGAGAUCCAAGAGUUUGACAAACUUCCUCUGUGGAAGCGCAAUGAUAUGAAGAAGAAGGCCAAGCUGUUCUAGCCAGGAUAUUGUGCAUGUUUUAAUUUAUCGGUCACUCCAAUAAUGUAUUAUAGCUGUAGUUUUCUGAUUUGCUUUUUCUUUAUUUCCUUUUAUUUUUCCUUUUUUGUUUGCUUCCAACAGUCUGAUACACAUGGACAUCAAUUACUUUUUUGAUUCAAAACCAAGACCACACCGUUGUUGUUUUUUUCCAAGGCAGAGUUUUUAUUUGAGUAGGUUUAAAGUGAACUGCGAUCAAAUCACUCCAGAGAGCAGAGGAGUGAGGACUGGUUAUUAUCUCUCACAUUUAACUUACAUGAGACCUGACUUCCGAGCAAUGCUUUCUCCCCGUGCACUCCUUCCUGCCCUCUCAUAAAACAGGACUGUAAUCUUUUUUGGGGGAAAGUGGUGGGGGGCUGAAGGCUAUCUGCAGGGUUCUUCCUCUAAACAGGCUAUUAAGGUGAUGGAAAUGGAGGAACUCCAGAAGCUCCCCGCUGCUGUGGCCCUAACAAGGGCCUUGAUGUUUGUUAAUGGGGGAAGUUAGAGCUACUGUAGGUGACUGAAGAUGAGAGGCCUGGGCUCCACCUGUGGUGGGGAAGGCCUUAACAGACCAUCCGGGCUUCUGGAACUUAUUAGAACCUGAGGCAACAGAAAGACACGUCUGCUCUAAACGCUCCUCCCUGCCAUCUCCUCUCAAUCACCAAGCUAAUACUGAAAUGGCUUAGCAUGAUUUCUCUACAAUCAAAAUCCUACUGAGUUUGAUGCUCUUUUGGUAGCUCCCCAUUAUCUAUUUUUAAUUUAAAACAAACAGAAAUAUUGCAUUUGACAGAUGAGGUGCUGGUGAAAUGAAAGGAAACAAAAGCCAACCUCCUCCUUCCUCUUAAAAACACCACUAGUUUUUGCACCACUAGAGGUCAGGCUUGUGUCAUUAGGAACAGUUAAGGCACAACCCAUCUUACUUUUUUCAGGCCUCUCCAUCACUGGAAUCUGACAAUCCUUUCCUUCUGACCACUAUCUAAGCUGCAAUAUAUGUUUUAGCAACAUAUCACUUUGACUGAAGUUGCAUUUGAAAAGAAACACCUUUGAUAUUACUGCAUUUUAUAAAGCUGAAGUAUUUCAAACUGCCACUGUGUUGCUGGGAGACUGAUGGAGCCGUAGCCAUAGCAUCUGUGUCAGAAGUAGGUUUGAUAGCAGGGCCAUAUCUGUCAUUCUGUAUAAAGCUGCCAGACAGUGUUGUUCCCAUAUCACUGGAUGUGCGUGCAGUAGCGUUGUUUGGCUGUUGGUGACCGUUAAUUCCCAGCAGUUUCCUGUUUUAUCUGCAGGGUUAAGGACCGAGGACUAGGAAAUAAAAAAAAAAAAAAUACUGGGUUUAUAUCACACAACGGAAACGUGAUGAGACUAGGGUGUUAAAAAUCCGGUUUUGAUACCCAUCAUGACGAUGAUGUAAAAACUGAAAUGAGUAAUAAAACUCUGCUUCAGAUA